CUUUCUGAGAAUCCCGUAGCUGCGUUGCGAGGCGAGGACUGGUAUAAAAGGAGGGCAGUUGCCUGUGUUCUUCUCCACAUUUGCAGAGAGGCAAGUACAGAAAGUCCCUGGCGUGUUUUAGGGCCAUUUGAAAAAGCCAUGAUGUUGUCGUUGAAGCUUAUUCCAGCACUGCUGUUGGUGGUCGCAACGGUUUCCAUCCAAGGCGCACCGCAUGGAGGUCUUCCGCCGCCGCCUGGCGAUGCCCCUCCUCCCGAAGUCAUGGCCCUGUUCACGGAAGCCAGGGCCCAAGGAAUGACCGGAGAAGAAGCUGCUGCAUACGUCAACCGGAAGAUGAUGGAGGCCAUGGGAAUAGAUCCAUCUAUGCUCGGCCCACCACAGUCCAAGAAGCAAAAGAAAUCCGACGAUGCCCCUCCACCUGAAGCCAUGGCCCUGUUCUCGGAAGCCAGGGCCCAAGGAAUGUCCGGAGAAGAAGCUGCUGCAUACGUCAACCGGAAGAUGAUGGAGGCCAUGGGAAUAGAUCCAUCUAUGCUCGGCCCACCACAGUCCAAGAAGCAAAAGAAAUCCGACGAUGCCCCUCCACCUGAAGCCAUGGCCCUGUUCUCGGAAGCCAGGGCCCAAGGAAUGUCCGGAGAAGAAGCUGCUGCAUACGUCAACCGGAAGAUGAUGGAGGCCAUGGGAAUAGAUCCAUCUAUGCUCGGCCCACCACAGUCCAAGAAGCAAAAGAAAUCCGACGAUGCCCCUCCUCCCGACUUUAUGACCCUGAUAAUGGAAGCGAUGACCCAAGGGAAGUCCGGAGAAGAAGCCGUUGCUUACGCCUCACAGAAGAUGGCCCUGAUAAGGCAAGCCAUGGCCCAAGGUAUGCCCCUAGAGGAAGCCAUUGCAUAUGCCGAGGAGAAGAUGGGUAUGAACCUGUCUGGGCUCGGACCACCAAUGUCCAAGCAGAAGAAAUCCGCCUAACUGAAAAUGACAGACAAGAAACGUGACCUACGAUGAAGAAGCAGGGAAAACCACAUACGGGACCCGUGCUUCUCUGAACGGAACAAGGUAGACCCGGAAACCUGAAGAAUUGGAAGAGGUUUCUGAUUAAGAACAUCCACCUUUGUGAAGAGACCAAGCAUGCAUGUUAAACUUUGUUGCACUGAAAAGUCAUUUACAUUUCAAAAUUCACGUAACAAGAGACGUUUUGUGUUCAAGUCUCUUUUUGAUGAUAAUAAAAAGAUUCAUAUGUAAAAGA